AUGCCUUUUACCGUUCUUUCCGACGCAAAUGUCAACCACAUCCUCGACACGCUAUCGCCAACAGAUGUAACCGAUUUAGCCAACGCCCUGGAAAAGGCACUCACCCAGUACUCAUGCAACAAUGAGCAACAAUAUCAGCCUCACCGCGCAGUCGUCAACCGCGAUGGGCAAGUCAGUUUAUUCAUGCCCGGCACCACGGAUCAAUUGCUGGGUGUCAAGAUCGUCGGCAUUACCCCGAGCGAAAAGCUGAAGCCCUCGGAAGCUGGACUCAAGAGUGUUUUGACGCUUUGCGAUGCCAGAGGUCAUGCUAUCGGUACCUUGAAUGCGGCUGCUCUGACGGCAUUUCGAACAGCGCUGGGAUCAAUGCUGCCCUAUAGAUUUAGGCGCAACACUCAAAAUAUUGCUGUGUUUGGUGCGGGCGCACAGGCUAUGUGGCAUAUUCGCCUGGCACUUCUGCUGAAGGAGAAGGACAUCAAGUCUGUGACAAUUAUUAACCGUUCUUCCCAGCGUGCGCAUCAAUUGGUCGAGACGCUAAAAGGAAAUAAGCAAUCGCCAUGGCCAUCUCACAUCAGCCUACAAGUCUUUGAUCCCAAGGAGGACCGUGACGCAGCCCUCGAGUCUCUUGUCGUUGACGCAGAUGUGCUGUUCUUCACAACACCUAGCUUGGAGCCUGUCUUCCCUGGAUCUUAUCUCACAUCCGAAAAAGCACGAAGCAAGACUCGCUACCUCGCAGCGAUUGGCUCAUACCGUCUUGACAUGCAAGAAAUUGAUCCCGAGCUACUAAAGCAAGUCAUCGAUCCUUCCGGUCCUUUCGCCGAAGUUGGAUAUCGCGGAUCUGUUGCUGUCGACAGCCGCGAUGGGUGUUUACAAGAAGCUGGAGAGCUGGUCAAGGCCGAGGUACCUACGGAGAAGAUGCUCGAGAUUGGUCAGUUGUUCCAGACUAAGAAGGCAGAAGACCCUGAGAAUCUUAACAAAUGGCUCGAGGAUGGCUUUGUAAUUUACAAGAGUGUCGGAACUGGUGUAAUGGAUUUGUCCAUCGGUCAAGAGUUGUUGAGAUUGGCAAAGGUUAAGAAUGUUGGUUUGACAGCAGAGGACUUCUGA